UCAACUGCAGAACUGAGAGCAUGCGUGUUUUUAUCACCACACUGGAGCUCAGAUUUAACAGGAGAGAAUGGAAAUGUUUGGUGUGAAAACAGAGACGCUGAUAUCCUAAAGGUUCUACCUGAAAAUUGCCUUUACAUCAGGUCUCAUAUGGCAAAUCGUGACAAGAAUAAAAAGACUCUUCUGGAACUGGUGAAGCUGCCGGAGAACAGUAGCUGUGCUGACUGUGGCGCUGCAGAUCCAGACUGGGCUUCAUAUACUCUCGGCGUAUUUGUUUGUCUGAACUGCUCAGGAACUCAUCGUAAUUUAUCGACUAUUAGCCGGAUAAAAUCCAUCCGCUUAGACUUCUGGGAUGAUGAGCUUGUGAAGUUCAUGAAAUCCCAUGGAAACCGAGCUGCCAAGGAUGUCUACGAAAAAUUUGUUCCCGUCUUCUAUUAUCAGCCACAGCAAGAUGACUGUGAUGUUCUAAGGGAGCAGUGGAUCAGAGCCAAGUAUGAAAGACAUGAGUUUACAGAGCAAAAUGACCUUAGAGCCUAUUCAUCAGGCAUAUAUGAAGGGGUGCUGUGGAAGAAGGGGAAGGAUAAUGGGCAGUUUCUCAAGAGGAAGUUUGUUUUGUCAGAGCAAGACUUUACCCUAAAAUAUUAUAAGGAGGAUGAAUCUAAAGGGCCAAAGGCUGUUAUUUCGAUACAAAGUCUGAAUGCAACCUUUCAGCCACAGAAGAUUGGACAUGCUCACGGCCUUCAGAUCACAUAUUCGGUGGAAGACCACACCCGAAACCUCUUUGUUUACCAUGAAAGUGGUCAGGAAAUUGUGAAUUGGUUCAAUGCUAUAAGGGCGAUACGUUUUGUCUACCUGAAGACAGCAUUUCCUACAGCCAAUAAUGUUGAGCUCCUGCCUUGGACUACCAGAAACUACCUUAAAGAGGGUUACAUGGAAAAAACUGGACCUUCGCAACGGGAGCCAUUCAAGAAGAGAUGGUUCAUUUUGGAUGGUCUAGAUCGAAAACUACUCUAUUUUAAAACUGAGCUGGAUGCUGUGGAGCUUGGUGUCAUUUUCAUUGGGACAGAGAAUCAUGGGUACUCGGUGAGUGAGUGUAUGCCUAAGGCGACCAGAGGAAAUAAAUGGAAAUGUGGGAUGGCAGUGGAGACACCAGACCGUCAGUUCGUCUUCAUGUGUGAGCAGGAGCGGGAGCGGAAGGAAUGGGUGGAGGCCCUGAGACAGGUCAUCUCGAAGCCUAUGCUUCCUCAGGAUUACACUACGGAGGCCAAUAUCCGCAGACGAAAAUGAUUCUGGAACAUCAAGAAGGACAGAAGUGUGUUUGGACUCCAUCACUAUGCAUAUUUAUAAUAUUAGCUGGAUUAUACAAUAUCCAAUAUACGAAAUGCUUCACCUGAACCUUUUCAAAGUAUGCUCUUUUAAAAAAAAAAAGUGAGUACAACAAUUAAUGGUACCCUAACUUUGAACGGUUAGUGGGUUUAGCUUUCUAAAGGGGUUCAAUAUGGAAUGGUUUAUAAACUGGAACCCAUUUGUUUUAUUUACUGUAGAAUAUAGAGGGUUUCCCCAAAGGGACAAGAUCACAAGACCCCCAGGAUGUAGCCACUGGAGGUGCUUGCAUAUAUGCCCAUUUUAAUUGAAAUAUGGUGCAUUUUCUUCUUUGGUACAGCUUGUUCAUGUCAGUGAGAACACAGCAAUUUCUCAGAUAUGGACCAAAACAGUUGAUCUGAGGUCUGGUCUAAGCGAGAUAGCCUCUCUCUGGUUCCAAGUAAACACUGGUGUGUUCUAAUUGCAGUGAGAAAAUUAUUCUACCCUGAAUAGACCUGACUGCAGGAAGUAAACCAGGAAGCUCUCUCUGUAUUUUGGAUUGCAGGCUGCAUUUUGGUAGACGUGAGCUGCUAAACUGACCUGCAGGAUACAAAGGACAGAGCUGUAGCACUGCAGAAGUGUGAUAGUUGGACUCAUGAACUAAAAGAGAAAAUAAACAGUGGGUGUUUACACAAAAUGUUUUAAAUUAGUUAUUUCUAUAAUUAUGUCAUAUUUUAUUGAGCGCUGUGUGCUCAGGUAAUCUUUGAGAUUUCUAUGUACUCAAUAAUGAUUCAUUUACCUAUUUCUGUGAAAGACUUUUACAAGAACAUUUCACCCUCUGCCAACUAUUGUUCUUGUUGUUGUCGUUUGCUUUUUCUUGUGCUUUUUGGUUCAUUGAAUUUAUGCAACGUGAAAACCAAAUAGCAAACAUACCAAAAGUAUGAGUUUGGCUCUGACAAAGACUCUGAGGAUAGAAAAAAAGAAGGCAAAAGAAAGAAUGGAAAAGAAAGCAUCCUGGAAGUUCACAGUAUUUUAGACAUAGCGAGUGAAGUCUGAAGGACUGAAUGACUUCUCCUCCAAGUUCUUUUUAUGAGACAUUUUGUAUAAACGUUUUUAACAGUUUAAACUGCAUGAACUCAGAACCCAGCUGUAACAAGCAGGGUGGAGUUGCUUGAUAGCAAUUAUUCACUUCGAGGCAUGGUUCUCAAAAUGGAGAAAGGGGGAAACACUUUUAAACACAACAGAAAUUUGACUGCUAUUCAGUUCGCUGAACACUCUUGGCUUCUUUUGGAAUCACAUCAAUACCUACACAGAGCUGACUGCUCGAGAGAGAGAGAGAGAACUCAUUAAUGUUGCAGCCCAAAACUGGUGCCUGAUGUGUCAUGUUAAUAAGCACAUCUCCAUACACCACCGUCCUACUGCAGACUUCCCAAAACCACCGCACCCACCCUGCUACAACUCGAUAAUCUGAAAAUAUUUGACUGAAUUCACCCUUUGGUGCCUGCUCAAAAUUCUCCUAUUUUCACCAAUGCCUAUUCAAACAAAAAUAGCUUGAGGUUGGACUUCAGGAUACCCUUCAUGCUAUAUACCAUUUUAAAUAAGUAUUGUAAGACAAUUUUAUUGUUUGUUUUCAAGGUAUUUUUAUUUUGUCAAAGCAACCAUUACGUCAUCGCUCCUGGAGGAAUGAUAUUUGGGUCCAGCACCAAAGGGUUAAGGUUGAUUUGUAUGAUUGAUAGAAAUAUCUGGCUUUAUCCUUGCAAGUGAAACACAGUAAAACAAAUACAUCAGACUGACAAAAUAAAAUGUUAAUAAAUAAUAAAAUGUGUCUUUUACAGACAAGUCAGA